AUGGCAUCUGUUGAAGCACUCAACAACUAUCAGCUCUUUCGGGCCUGCGGUCCGCUCUACCCCGCGUUCGCCAUCGAGAGCCUUACCAGCAUCAUUCUUGGCUUCUUCUUCACCUACCUCGCCCUCCGCAUCGUCGUGAGGACCGAUGUCAAGAAGCCGAUCAACGCUUCGUGGCGCAUGUUUCGGGACUACAUCUCCCCGGUCGUGGAUGAAUGGUGGACUUUGAUGAAGACCUGGCCGGACAUGCCGAACAAGCCGUGUGCGGACAGAAUCACCUACUGCCGGAACCUCAACAUUGCCAUGUGCCUUGCGCAGGCGCUUGCGGCCUUCUUCUCCGUGUUCCGCUGGCUGCACAUCGACAAUGUUAAUGGUCUCCGGUACUUGGGCUACGCCUUCACCUGCUCAUUGAUGCAGGCGGAGCUCGUGGUUCUCAUCGCUCCCUAUGUUCCUUGUUACAAGUUCAACGUUGUCUCCGUGGUCCUCUUCACCCAUGCCUUUCUUAUCUGCGGCUGGAUCGGCUCCUUGCACGACGGCUUCCUAUUUGAGGAUGCCUCGUGGGAGCUCUUCAAAUCGAACUGGGAGGUCUCGGUCCUGGUGAUCACGAACAAGGGCAUUGCCAUCGGAAUCACCACAGCAUGCCUUGCCUUCCUCUGCCUCGUGCAGAUGCCCUUCCUUUGCUUGUGCUACUUCUGGGCAGGAGGGUGCCGGGCCCAUCGCGACCUCCCCUACUACUACAUGCGCCUGAUGUGCGCUGUGUGGCCACCUGGCCAAACGUAUGAAAGCAUAGUCGUUGGACACCUGAUGCCCGUGCAGGCAGAAACAGACGCAGAGGCAGCGAGACAGAGAUAG